UGGGCGCCCGGGCGCCCAAGGCUUCCCGGUGCGCUCGGCCAGGUUUCUGAUGGACGCCUACUGUUUUCUUUAAUGGAAACCUGAUUUCUCAUGAAAGCUGGGCAAAACUUGCCCUUUGCCCAAGCCCUCUCUGGAUAGCAUUCCUGGGAGUGGCCCGUGUGUUGAGGAGUGUUGGUCAGCAUUUGUCAGAAAAGGGUGAGUGGUUAAGUCAUGCAGAGAAUUCCUGCAGAGAUGAGAGGUGUAGCUGGUAGCUGACGUGUUUGGGAUUUCUUCAUUUGUACUUUUAAUAGAGGGGCUAAUGUAUAUUAACAAGGACAUCUUAGUCCUUUUUAGAGUCUACUUUUUUUUAUACGACUAAUGUUAGUGAUGACUAUUCUUGUUUAAAUGUAUCAGCAAAAAUUAAAAAAUGUAAGUUUUCUGAUUUUACCAUCUCUAUCUAUCUAUCUAUCUACCUAUCUAUCUAUCUAUCUAUCUAUCAUCUAUCCAUCCGUCCAUCCCUGUGUCCUUCAUCUAUCAUUUUGAGACAAGGUCUGUGUAGCCCUAGCAGGCCUGGAACUCACUGUGUUGAUGAGUCUGAACUCCUACUCUAGGUGAUCCUCCUGUCUCUGCUGCCCCAGUGCUCGGAAUAUAGGCCCUUAGCAGCUACGUUGCUUUGCUUUUAACUGAAUAAUUGCCUUAAGGAUAUUUUUGUAUCUCAAUAUUUAUUUAAAGAUCCUUUUGCUUCCUUGUUGAUGAAUGAUAGAGUUGGGAUGUCUUCCAAGAGGUCUGGAGUCUUUGUUUGGCUCUCGAUUUACAUUUGCCUCAAGUUUUGAUCUUGUCUGAUAAACCUAUGACCCAAAUCCAGACCUCAGUCAAAUUUAGUUUCAGCUUAACCACAUUAAGAUGCCUGGUAUCAUGUGACUUCUAGCAGAAACCAAAGUGGUAUUUUAUUUGUUUUAUUAUUUUUUUAUGAGAGCACUGCCACUGUGUGCAGCAGUGCACAUGCGAGCACACACCACACACACACACACACACACACACACACACACACACACACGAACUCUGGUGGUAGUCCUCUGUCCCUGAUGACCUUGUUUUUUGAGAUAGGGUUUCUCCACAGGAAUUCAUCUUCUCCAUCUCUCAACAAUGAGAUUACUAGCAUGCAUUGCCACGCUUGGCUUUUUUUUUUUUUACAUGGGUCUGAGAUUCAGGUUCUUAUGUUUACCACCAACUGAACUGUCUUCGCUCCCUUCUCUUUUUGUGUCUGGUAUUGGGAAUUGAACCCAAGGCUUCACACAUGAAAGUCAAGUGCUCUGUCACUGAGCUAUACCCCCUAGUCCUUUCUCGUGCUGUUUUGAGGCAUGGCUUCUGUAAAUAGCCCAGGCUAGACUUGAAACCUGCUCUGUAGACCGAGCUGACUUUCAACUUGACAUCCUCCUAACUCAGCCUCCCGAGUAGCUGAGAUUACAGGCACACACCACUCUACCUGGGUAGUGCUGGCAUUUGUGAAGUGUGACUGUAUUAUCAGGUGCAGGUGCUUUGUCACCUGUGUAUCACAAUCCAAAGUCAGGGGUCUCUGAAAGGUCCUUAUUGACACAUUGGGUUGUUAGUUAUGUGUGCAGUUAGUUUAGUAAUCCAGAGGGCUGUUGCUGGCUUCCAGGACACAGCUUUUAUCAAGUGCUUGACACAGUAUCUCAAGGGGACUUGCAGUCAUAAAUACAGCAGCCACAUUUAUGUACAAGAGGCUUGGGUACAUAGACGGUAAAGAAUUUCAGAAAAGGCCGCGUUUUCAUGUUGUCUUAUAGUACCAGUUUGGGCAUAUGCACAAAAUUACCCGCUGCUGUUUCCUUAGGGUACAUCCUUUGUUUUCCUGGUUUUGGUCUCUUCUGUCAUAGGAUGGCAUUAGGUCUGUGUCUGCAGGUGCUGUGCAGCCUGGGUGGCUGGCUCUCACUCUAUACGUCUUUCUGCCGCCUGAAUAAGCACCGAAGCUAUGAGUGGAGCUGCCGGCUGGUGACCUUCACCCAUGGAGUCCUCUCUAUAGGCCUGUCUGCUUAUAUUGGCUUCAUUGAUGGCCCUUGGCCUUUUACCCACCCAGGCUCGCCGAACACAACUCUCCAAGUUCACAUUCUGUGUCUUACCUUGGGCUACUUCAUCUUCGACUUGGGCUGGUGCAUCUAUUUCCAGUCCGAGGGUGCCUUGAUGCUGGCUCACCACACACUGAGCAUCUUGGGGAUCAUCAUGGCCCUAGCACUUGGGGAGUCGGGCACAGAGGUCAACGCGGUCCUCUUUGGAAGUGAGAUCACCAACCCGUUGCUCCAGAUUCGCUGGUUUCUCCGUGAAACUGGGCACUACCACAGUUUCACUGGAGAUGUGGUGGACUUCCUCUUUGUGGCUCUGUUCACUGGUGUGAGGAUUGGUGUAGGCGCCCAUCUCCUUUUCUGUGAAGUGGUCUCACCCACACCCAAGUGGUUUGUGAAGGUUGGGGGAAUAGCAAUGUACGCUGUGUCUUGGUGCUUUAUGGUUAGCAUCUGGCGCUUUGCGUGGAAGAAAAGCAUCAAGAAGUACCAUGCGUGGCGGAGCAGGAGGAAUGAGGAGCGACAGCUAAGACAAAAUGGGCAUCUCAAGGCACACUAGCCAAGGCUUGAUCCUGGUAAAUGGACUGGGUUGACUUGGCCAUGGGACUAGAGUCAGAAACAGAACUGAGCUUAUAGUGCUUAAGAACUGAGCUUGUAGGGUACUAGGUUUUGAAAAAGGGCUACAUGUAUUCAUCGCUUUAGUCGGUUCUCAGGCUAAUCAUAUGCAGUGUUGAGACACUCACUCCUACAGUGGCACUUGCACAUCCUCACGGGUGACUGACAGGUGGCAUUGUAUAGUGUGGACCGUUGCCACUUGUUUUGGGGCUCCCAUGUUCACGGGAGGCCUGAUUGAUAUUCAGACAGCUUUGAAAAGAACUUGAAUGAAAUCAGUGCUGUCUGUCUCUUAUUCCUUUGGAAAUGACUCCUGAGUUCCACGAGACAGUUUCACUAUGUUUGGCCCAUGCGCUAUAAAUGGAGGGACUCACAGGAAGGGACGUGCGUUUGACAUUCAGGCAUCUGUGAGUGUGAUCUGUUAUGUAAAGAGAGACAGAAGGAUGGGAGUGAAAUUAGCAAUGGCAGACACUUCCCACCGAGCCUCCCUGCACUGACUGUGUCAGAGGUCCCCAAGGACACCCUUGGGUUCCAUGAUUCAUCAAGAAGACUCAGGGCUUAGCACAGAGUCUCACAGCUUUGACUUAUGAUAAUGAAAGGAUACAGGGAAGACUCAGCAAAGGGAAAAGGAACCUUUGUCAGAGCCUGUGGGAUCUAAGUAUGAGUUUCUAAAGUCUCCUAUUUGGAUAUACAGGAGUGAUUCAUGUCAACACACAUGAAAAUCAUCAAAGACUUGGUACCCAGAGCUUUUACUGGCAAUAGGUCACGGAGGAACCUUCCUAGCACAAGGCAAAAUUCAAGAUUCCCCACAGCAGGCAUUUAACAUAAGCCAUAUUGCUUCAGAAACAGUUUAGGAGCAGUGAGCCAGUCUUAACAGUUUCUGGUGGGAGCCCACUCUAAGUUGAAGUUCCUAGGUGCCAGCCAAGGGCCAGCAUUGCAAGCAGGCCUUUUCAAGGAUAGCAGUUCAGGCUUGCUAUGUUAACUCUUGUGUGUGCAAAAAACUGUAGAGCUAAUGCUUUGGAUGCAAGAUGAAUGAAGUGUGGGUAGAUUUAGAUUUACUUAGUCCUGUUGUACGGGUUCUGCCCUACCAGGAAAAGUAUGCCAGUUCUCAGGGCUUUUGAGAAUUAAUCUGCUAGGCAUGAGAGGCCAUGGCUAAAUUCCAUGGGGAUUUACCAUGCAGAUUCCACUGUACUUGAGAUGGAGUUCAGGUUUCAGCUCCUGGUAUAUACUGCAAACUAGAACCAAAGAUUUCAGUGUACGUAUUGGCCUCAGAGUGAUGAGGUUCCUUCUUUCCUUCCUUCCUUCCUUCCUUCCUUCCUUCCUUCCUUCCUUCCUUCCUUCCUUCCUUCCUUCUUCCUUUUUCCUCUUUCUUUCCCUUCCUUCCUCCUUUUUCUUUGUUGCCGAUACAUUCCCUUUUAAUCACUUUUUCUCCCUCUCCUGAGAUAUGGUCUUGCUUGCAUAGCUCAGGCUAGCAUUGAACUCUAUCCUUUCUUUUUAAGUCUCAGUGCUAGGAUUACUCUCUUGUGCCACCAUUUCUGGCUCUAAUGUAGGGCUUUAAUGAAAAAAAAAAGUAUUAUUUGUUUAUUUGGUAUUUUUACCGUUAUUUAGAUCAAUGGUGAUUGGCUAAUUCAGUUGGUCAGCCAGGAAAAGGUGCUACUGAAGCAAGGCUGUAAAGGUCAGCAAGUAGUGUCCCUUCAUUCUAUAGUCACUGGUGACACUGACCCAGUGAGUGACCUUGUGAUCGAUGGUAUUGGCCACAGAAACUAGUCGUGGGGGAGAGGCUGGAAAUGUGUAGACGGUCUUGCAAAUGGAAAGGCACUUUAACCGUGGACCUUUAAGGUGGCUGUUAUAUAGAUGAAGAGGUGGCUUUUAGCUCUUGGACUUUCCUUUUUGUUUUUUGGAAAGACAACACCAUGCCCUCCCCCCCCCCCCCCCCCCCCCCCCGCCUUUUUUUGUGAUUUGUGUCCCAGAUAUGCCCGUGUGUUCCUUUCCAGCAAAACUGUGGGCAGAAUUGGAAACUGGGGAGUGCUGAUUUCAGCAAAAGUGUCGUCAAAAAGAGUGGCUUGGCACACGAGUGGAAAGGAAAAACAAAACAAAACUGGCUUUUUAUUUUGGCACCGUGCAACCUGCUCCAGACCAGACAAGUGAGCAGGCUUAAUCUAAUACUGGCUUUUUUCCCUCUUACACCUCAGAAGUAAAGAUUGUAGAUCUUUCUGUUUGAGGCAAACUCCAGGGAAUGUCUGCAGGUUUUAUAUUUAUUUUUUGAUAACAAGACACCUGAACAAGUGAUGGGGGGUGGGGGAGGAAUUCCUCAUCUCAGCUUUUCUUGAUGUUCUAACUAGUAACUAUGAAGACAGCUCUCUCAGAGAACAAUGUGAAGAUGACUCAGCAGUUAAGAGGUCGCCUGUUUUUUACAACCCAGGUAAAUGAAGGGCACGUUGGCCUGUUAUGUGUCCCCAGACAAAAGGAAAUACUUGCAUUUGAAUUACUGUGCAGUCAAAACUGAUAUGCUCAAGAAGGAUUUAUAUUUCAAUACAAUUUGUACUACAUUUUAUAAAAAAAUAAAGUAACUUUUUUAUAAAC